AUGACUAAAUGGAUAUCAAAUAGCAGUCUAUAUAAUCAAAAUAAAAAUAUCCGAAUUUUAAAUAUCCAUACAGAGUUUAAUGACAAUGUAGAUAGUAAUAUUGCAUAUACAAAUUUGGAUAAAAAUGAAAGUAGCCCUUCAGAAACAUCUUUAUUUCUUGACACAAGUUAUAAUUACUUAGAUAUAAGCAAAAAAAAAAUGAAUCAUGACAAAGAUGAAAAUAAAAGGAAUCAUAAUUCAAAAGCUGAAUUUGAAAUAAAGGAACUCAUAAAGAAAGAAAUCGAGAAAAAUAACAAAACGGGAGAAGAAGAAGAACAUAUAAAGAAAAACGUUGCACAUAAUAAAAUAAAUAGAGAUAAAAAAGAAAGAGACACCGAAAGAUACGAAGAAGACAAUGACGAAAUCGAUGAGGAAAGUGAUGAUGAAGAAGAUGAAGAAAAAGAUAAACCGAAGGACAAAAAAAUAAAAAAACUAAUACACCAUGAAAUCAGAAAAAUUAAUGAAAAAAUUGAAAAGGAUAUACAAGAAAGAGAAGAAGAAAAGAGCCACCAUGAAAUAAAAGGACAUAAAACUAUAGCAAUUGAAAUAAAAAAUGAAAACACACAUCCUAAAAUUAAAUGCUCAAAUAAAUUAAAUUAUAUAGAAUUAGAAUCUUUAAAUAUAGAUAAAAACUUCACAAGCGAAAAUAAUAAUAAUGAUGUAAUUUCCUUUAUUAAUAUAAAAACAAAAGAUAAAAUAUCUUUUAUAGAUAAAAUAAAUGAAAAUAUUGCAAAAAUAAAAGAUAAUUAUGAUAUAAAUAAAAUAUCAAACGUCGAACAAAUGGAAGUAGAACCAAAUGACAUUAAAAAGGAUCAAAAAAUUGUAGAUGACCAAAUUAAAAAUAAAAACAAAGUGCAAGACAAUGCAAUACUACACAAUAAUAAUCAUUCUUUUUUGGAUUCCAAAGAAUAUAAUAAAUAUCAUAUAGUUUUUAAUAAUAAUUUAAAAAAUAUUAAUAAGCAUAUAAAUGCUCAUAAAUAUAACAAUUUAAAUGGAACCGUGAAAAGCAAUGAUAGAAUUAAAAGUGGUUUUACUAAUUUUCUAAUGGAAAACCAAGAAGAUGAUUCUCACCCGAAAUCCAUCAAUUUUGGGCGUCGAAGUUCUGUUUUAAACAUAACUAAUGAUGAGUAUAGUAAAUUACUUAAUGAAGGAAGUGUACUUGUAUAUGAUAAAGACGAGGUGGUUCCAUAUAAAUAUGAUGCCUUUGAAGUAAAAGAUGAUAAUGUAGAUGAUAUGAAAAACCAUGAUAAUAAUAAUAAUAAUAAUAGUCAUAUAGAUGAAAAUUACACCAAUGAUAUAGCAUCACAGAAUACUCCAGAGGAAGAAGACCAAUUAAAAGGAAUGAUUUUAACAUGUGUAACUGUUAUUAUAAUUCUUACGAUUAUAAUUUUAAUUGGAUUUAUCAUUUAUUAUUAUGAUAUUAUAAAUAAAAUACGUGUAAAAUUACAGAAAAAAGGAACAAAUAAUAAAUCAAUGACAAUAAAAAAUGACACAUCUUCAGGAAUGUACAUAGAUAAUUACUAUGAUGAUAGUACUCAUGCAUAA